AUGUCGAACAGAACCGGACUCUACGCCGCUCUCGCUGCCGCUGGUGUUGGCGGUUACUAUCUGUAUCGGGCGGGUGGUGACCCAAAGGCCGCGAAGCAAGAGAUUAAACAUGAUGCCGAUGUAGCUCGCAACAAGGUCCCUGCGGACAAGGCCGAAAAAGCUGGUCAGAAAGUUGGUUCCGAAGCUGGUGCGCACAUCGACGAGGCGGUGUCCAAUGCCCGCACCCAGGCGCAAGACGCCAGCAAUCGUGCUUCAGGACUAGCCCACGAGAGUCUCGAUAAGCUUAAUGACGUGCGACAGGAUGCGUCAGCAACGAUCAAGGCUAACGUCGAUAAAUUUGAUAAGACAGUGGAGCAGAAGACGAGUGAGGCGAAGGGAUCUUUGUCGAGCUGGUGGAGUGGUAGCAAGUAA